UAUCAACAUCAGAAUCUUUAUAUUUUCUUUUUUAUUUGUUUGAUUAUAUCAUCCAGGUUAUAGACUUUUUUUUUUUUUGUCAACUUUUUCAUUUCCUUGAAAUGAGUCCAAUGGACAAUUACAGUGGUAUCAAAUACAAUACAGCCCAACAAAGAUAUCACAUUAUAUUGUUAUACAGAAAAGUCAUUAAAACGGUGGAUGAAAAGUCAGAUUGACCACGUAUCAAGCUUCGGGGAUGAUAACACAACACGUGUUGCAUACGUGUCCUUCAUGCCGGGUACUCUUCUCCGAUCACCGCCAAAGCUUCUCCACCGUAGACUCCUCCGCAAUCUCGUCUGUAUCUUUGCGUCUUAUCACCAUGACAAAGCUUUAAUCCUCGCCAAUGGAGAUAACAUCUUCAGUCUUUGAUACCAUCUGCAGUUACUCCUCCUUCUAUAACAACUGUAGCUACCAAAAAAUUCUUGCCAUUCUCUAGAUAUGAAUCACAAUGACAAAGCUUCAGAAAAGUUGAAAAGACACUUUGUUGAAACGCUUCUCCUUAUGAGAAGCUUCAACUCUACUGAAUCUUCCAAUUAAUUCCGGAGCUUAAUCAAACGACUCAAGAACCUACUUUGGUUAGAUGCUCUGCCCAUAAGCCAAAUGGCUAUUCACUUUUAAGGGGCAAAGAUUGAUUCUUUCCACAAGUAGUCUUGAGGAUGACCAGAGAAUACCAAUCAUCUCUUGAUAUCAAACGGGAUUUCACAUUAGAAACAGAAGAAAGAGCCAUGAGAUUUUUAAUCAACUAUAAUCGGAGAUAAAAGGAAUAUUGAUGAGAAACUGCUCCGAUUCAGUUGAGAUAGAUACAAAACAAAAAAUUCGCCAUCGCGAAAAGAGAGAUCCGCUAACGGAAACGAAAUCGCCUAGCGAAGAGCUAUUAUACAAGAGAAAACAAAAAACAAAAGAGGUUGGUAACCGGCGGCACAAAGCCUCCGGCCACCGGAGAUCAAUUUUAGGAAACUUUUAGAGAGAAGUUAGAGAAAAAAGAGAGAGUAACAGGUUAACAUCAUCCAGCUUAUAGACUAAAACAUAAAUUUUCUUUAUACGUCAAAGAAUCAACUAUCGUUUUAAAAUCUCCUCCUUAUUGGCCGGCCACUAGGCCCACUACUGCAAUAUUAAACUCUCAUUGCUUAAACAUCAUAUCACAACGAAGCGUUGACUCAAGCCAAUCAGUAAUUCUUAUUGGACUAAUCAAACUGCAUUAGUCGUCUGAAAAAUAAAUAUCUUUAUUUUAUAAAGAGAGGUUGGUCACCUUGGUCUUAUCAGUCUCACAUAAAGAUUCCUAGUCGUAACAGCUUCUCUCUUUCUCUCAUCUCUUUCUCACUUACACACAACACAAGUAGAUUCCCUCCUCACCGGAAUGGCCACCACCGACGAAUCUUACGACGACGACGUCUCACCUAUUGAAGAAGUCCGUUUAACGGUGACAAACACCGACGACCAUACACUACCGGUUUGGACGUUUAGGAUGUGGUUCUUGGGUUUAAUCUCAUGUGCCCUCCUCUCUUUCCUUAACCAAUUCUUCUCGUACCGUACCGAACCUCUUGUCAUCACUCAAAUCACGGUUCAAGUCGCUACACUCCCCAUAGGUCAUUUCUUGGCCAAGAUGCUUCCCAAAACUCAGUUUGGGAUACCAGGAUUUGGAUCGACCCGGUUCUCGUUGAACCCCGGUCCAUUUAACAUGAAGGAGCAUGUGUUGAUCUCAAUUUUCGCUAAUGCGGGUAGUGCGUUCGGAUCCGGGUCAGCUUAUGCGGUUGGUAUCGUCACAAUUAUUAAAGCUUUCUAUCGCAAAAACAUCUCUUUCAUUGCCGGCUGGCUCCUCAUCAUCACUACACAGGUAUUGGGAUAUGGGUGGGCCGGUUUACUAAGGAAAUACGUGGUCGAACCGGCUCACAUGUGGUGGCCUAGCACUUUGGUUCAAGUGUCACUGUUUCGGGCACUGCAUGAGAAGGAUGAGCAAAGGAUGACGAGAGCAAAAUUCUUUGUAAUAGCGUUAGUCUGCAGUUUCGGAUGGUACAUAGUCCCUGGCUAUCUCUUCACGACACUCACAAGCAUAUCAUGGAUAUGUUGGGCAUUUCCACGAUCAGUCACUGCUCAACAGAUUGGUUCGGGAAUGAGAGGUCUCGGUCUUGGAGCCUUUACACUAGACUGGACCGCGGUUGCAUCUUUCUUGUUCAGUCCACUCAUUAGCCCCUUCUUCGCCAUCGCUAAUGUUUUCAUCGGCUAUGUUCUUUUGAUCUACAUCGUGUUGCCUUUAUCUUAUUGGGGAUUUGAUGCUUACAACGCUACGAGGUUCCCUAUAUUCUCAUCGCACUUGUUCACAUCGGUUGGUCAGACGUACGAUAUCCCUGCGAUCGUGAAUGAUAAGUUUGAGCUCGAUUUAGCUAAGUACGAGCAGCAAGGAAGGAUUAACUUGAGCACGUUCUUUGCUAUGACUUAUGGGCUUGGUUUCGCUACCAUUGCUUCUACACUCACUCAUGUAGCUCUCUUCUACGGCAGGGAAAUUACCGAGAGGUUUCGAGUUUCGUACAAAGGCAAAGAGGAUGUCCAUACUAGGUUAAUGAAGAGAUAUAAAGACAUACCUUCAUGGUGGUUCUAUUCAAUGCUGGGUGCAACACUUCUUAUCUCUCUUGCGUUAUGUGUUUUCUUGAACGAUCAGGUUCAAAUGCCUUGGUGGGGACUUGUGUUCGCUAGUGCCAUGGCUUUCAUCUUCACACUUCCCAUCAGCAUCAUUACCGCAACAACUAACCAAACACCAGGGUUGAAUAUAAUAACUGAGUACGCAAUGGGAAUCAUUUACCCGGGAAGACCUAUUGCAAAUGUAUGCUUCAAAGUCUAUGGAUACAUGAGUAUGGCACAAGCUGUCUCUUUCUUAAACGACUUCAAACUUGGUCACUACAUGAAGAUCCCACCAAGAUCCAUGUUCUUGGUUCAAUUCAUCGGUACAAUUCUUGCUGGAACAAUUAACAUAACGGUUGCAUGGUGGCAACUAAACACUAUAACCAAUAUAUGCCAAGAAGAACUUCUACCACCCAACAGUCCAUGGACAUGUCCGGGCGACCGUGUUUUCUUCGAUGCAUCGGUCAUUUGGGGAUUGGUAGGACCAAAACGGAUCUUUGGCUCACAAGGAAACUACGCUGCCAUGAACUGGUUUUUCCUCGGUGGUGCAAUAGGACCGGUGAUAGUGUGGUUGUGCCACAAAGCGUUUCCAAAACAUUCUUGGAUUCCGCUAGUGAAUCUCCCGGUUCUACUAGGAGCAACCGCAAUGAUGCCACCAGCGACAGCGGUGAACUACAACUCAUGGAUCUUGGUCGGGACGAUAUUCAACCUUUUUGUGUUCCGGUACCGGAAAAGCUGGUGGCAAAGGUAUAACUACGUGCUGUCAGCUGCGAUGGACGCUGGUGUAGCGUUCAUGGCGGUUUUGUUGUACUUCUCGGUAGGGAUGGAGGAUAAGAGUUUGGAUUGGUGGGGAACAAGAGGUGAACAUUGUGAUCUAGCUAGAUGUCCUACCGCUAGAGGAGUGAUUGUUAAAGGUUGCCCGGUUGUAUGAUUGCUGCGUUACAAAAAUGUAUUAUAUCGAUAUUUAUAAACAAAUAAAUUAAUUAAAAUUCGCAA